CUCAGGGUAAGAUCCCAGCGUACUUUUCCACGGCUCCGCGCACCGACAGGCCACGCCCCCCUCUGGACAAAGUCCCACCCACUUCCUUCCCGACCCCUCCGCACCUCCCUGGACCUGGGAGAACUCAAAGGGAAGGUUCUAGAAGAGACUUGAGAGACUCCUGUAAAGAUGGAACAGCAGGAGGAGGGGACUGAGCCCCAAGGGAACAGCCCGCCCUUGUCAUCCCCUGGGACGGAGUUGUGGCCACCUGCACCUUUUCCAGCCUUGCCGCCUUUUCCCUUGGGCACCCCAGAUCCAGCCCACCUGGGGCUCCCUGAAAGCCUGGCUUCUGUCACCGUCCCCAUCCGCCUGGACGCCCUCUCUUACCUCCUGCACAGCGCUCUUCUGGGGGCCUACAACCUUCAACAGUCCUUGCCCUCCUGCCCCUGCACCACCCAGGCAUGCUGCCCCCAGCCAGGCACCGCUAUCAGGCCAUCCAGGGGACGCAGGGGCUGGGGCGUCCAGCGCAGUCUGGGCUGGGGCACCCAGCGCAGGCUAGGCCGGGGCCAGGGCCCACAGCAAUGGCGACCUGGCAGGGCUGAGAAUCCAGAGAGGGGCUGGCUGGGGAGGUCUGGGGCUGGCCCCAAGACUCCUCCAGCGAUCCCAGCAUCACCACCAAUACUGCCCAGACAGGAUGAGAAGAAGGAAGACAGAGAUCAGGAGUCAUCCCAGGACAUGCCGCCUGCUGUAGCAGAAGACUGGGAGUCAGAGUACUAGGACCUGAAGGUCCAGCUCCCCAAACUCCUGAGUGGGCCCACGCAGGGUCACCAGGAGGGUUUUCCUGGUGCCCAGGGUGACCUCAGCUGAGGCAGAGAUACUCCAGGAAACAUCCUGUUCCCAUGUUUCUUCUCCCAAAACCACAGCUUCAGAAGUGGGUCCUGCGAGCCACCCCAUGGAAACUGGAGCUGACUUAGGAUUCCACGCCAGAAAAAACCCUGAGCCUCAUGCCCAUGCCCAAAGCCAUACCUCUUCCCAUUCCCAACACCAUCCCCAACUACAGUGAUGACCCUAACCCCAUCCCCACCUGCCCAUCCCCCACUCUCAAUAUCAUACCCCUAAACCCACUCAUUCCCAUUUCCAUUCCUACCUCUCCCCUCAGGCCCAGCUCUGCACUCUCAUUCUCUACCUACUUCAGGCCAACCCAGUCCUCCCUCAUCCUUAACUGCCUCCUAAACUUGACCCCAAACCUAGCCCAUCUGUGACCCCAGCCAACCCUGUCCCAUUCUUAUUCCAGUCCCAGCCCCAAAUGUGACAUGCCCUGUGACCCAUCUGCAAAGAACCCCAUUGGCCCAGCGUACCCAGACACCUGCCGCCCCCCACUCCCUUUCCUGCCCCUGGGGAUGGGGAGCCCUGGUUGAACAAUAAAUGGAUGACU